AUGAACAUAGUCACCUUAAUAUUUUCCAUAGGACAAGCUCAUAUGGCUUUCAUGAAGUCAACUGAUUUGUGCAGAGAAUCGGAAUCUGAAGCUGAUAUCUCUCAGCAUGUUAUGGACAAACUGUUCGAGAGCGGAUACAACAAGCAGAUGCUUCCAUCCAAGAAUGCAACUGUUGUCAACAUAGAAUUUGUAAUUCAAAGUAUUGAUCAUAUCUCGGAGAUGUCAGCCAGUUUCAAGCUUGAUCUUCUGUUCAGUCAAAUAUGGCAUGAUCCUCGUUUGAGGUUUGAUCAUCUAACUCCAUGCUUAGCCAACUUAUCGCUUGGAUAUGAAAUGAUGGAUCGUUUAUGGUCACCAAAUGUGUGUUUUGUCAAUUCCAAAAAGACUGAAAUACAUUCGUCUCCGACCCCAAACAUAUUUUUGAUGAUUUUUCCGAAUGGAACAGUCUGGGUAAACUAUCGACUUCAAGUACAAAGUCCAUGUAAUGUUGAUCUCGUCUUAUUUCCGAUGGAUAUAAUGGUUUGUGAGUUGGUUAUUGAAAGUUAUGCUUAUAAUGCUGCAAAAGUAAUUUUGAACUGGCGUGAAUGGAGUCCGGUGUUCUCUAUAGCCAAAUCGAAGUUAGCUGAUUUCACGUUGUAUGGCUUGCAGUGGACGAAGAAUAACUUUGAAUAUGCUGCAGGCCAAUGGGAUCAGUUGACAGUAUCGUUCACAUUCUCAAGAGCUUAUGGAUUCUAUAUUCUUCAAAUGUAUAUGCCGACAUAUGCUUCCGUUUUUCUUUCAUUCGUAUCGUUCUGGAUUGAUCUCAAAGCUUUACCUGCUCGUAUUACAUUAGGUGUCAGCUCGUUGAUGGCUCUCACUUUUCAGUACGGUAAUGUGGCAAAGAGUCUGCCGAAAGUUGGCUAUGUUAAAUCAUUGGAUGUAUAUAUGGUUCUAACAACUGGAUUCAUCUUCUUGACGAUGUUGGAAGUAGCCUUUGUUUGUUAUUUAGAGGGAGCCAAUCGUCAGAAAAAGAAAAAGGAGCAUGCCCAAAAGAAGAAGGAGCGAAUCAAAUUAUUGCAAACUAAGCAAGCUAUAAAGAGGAAAGCUAAUAAGAAUUAUGGUGUGAGCUAUGGAGCGACCGCCGUGUCAAAUGAUCAGCUGUUCGAGUUAGAAGCUCAGAACAAAUCAGACAUUGAAAGGAAUGGGGAUCCUCGGAUGAUUGAACGACACCAGGUCAACAGUGUCUUCGAGUCACUGCAUGCUUUGGCUUCUUUUGGCCUGCUAGCAGAUGAUACGGAAAUCGAAGAGAAGUGGACUGCUGAAGCAGUUGACAAGUAUUGCAGAAAAAUCUUUCCGGCAUCAUUUUGUCUUCUGAAUGUGAUCUACUGGGCUUACUACCUCUAUGAGAAUUUCAAAGCAACUCGAACUGCAUUGAACCCAAUGGCUUUCUGA